UUGUGGAAGUUUAGAAGUAUAUGACGGAGAGUCUUCAUCAGAUUUAAAGCUUGGGACAUGGUGUAGACUUUCCGAGGUUCCAUCUUAUUUGCUCUCCGACGGUCGUUUCUUGUUUAUUAAAUUGAUUGUGGCACCACCCUCUUUGAAACAUGACUUUGAAGCGACGUAUAAAACGCUUAAAGAAAACAAAGGUAAUUAUAUAGCAUACAUCAAUGUCAUUUCCACUCCGACCUUGGGACAUUUUGAGAUCGUUCUUUCGUCUAAAUUAAGGAUAGUUUAGUUUCUAUCAGCAGGGGCAUAGCUCGAAUACACUAAAGAGUUUAAACUUUACUAGGAAAACUUUACUGGCGGGAAAAUUAUAAGUUUUUCAAAAUCUUUGUAAUUUUUUGUUUAAAUGCCACUGAAAAUGUAAUCAAAGGUACUACUUCAUCAAAAAUAAAAACUUAAGAACUUAAAUCACGUUUUCAAUGUAAAAGUAUUGGAUACUCACAUGAAAUCCGCAGCGUAGUGAUCACAACGUGAAAUUGACAAAAUUCCGUCGCAGAAUAGUCGACUACGCGUUGGAUUAAAAUAAACUAAAUUAACAAGACGCCUUGGCGCGCUAGUUACCAAGCCUUUCUAACGCGUCUUCUCUAGCCACGUUGUGAAUCCUAAACUCUCUAAAGUGUGUGUGUGUGGGGGCCGUGCUUCGAUUUUGCUGAUAAAAGGGCGGGAUUUGAUCGUGGUUUACGUUGGCGAAUACAAAGUUCAAUCUCAGUAAUGAAAAAUAAUAUACUAUUUGAUAAUAAAUGAGGUGAAUGCAAGAUUCACAUCUAAUGUCAUGACUCAUGAGCCUGUAUAAAUGAUGUAUCAAUGUUUUCAUAACAAGUCCUACAACAUGCACUGUUCAACAGUGUUACUUUCGAAACACUUUGUCUCACGCAAAAACAUCUAUCCAGAAAAGAAAACAAUGUAAAUAUUUUAUUAAAGAAUGACGUUUAAAAAGCCUUCUCGCUCAAUCGUAGCACCUUUGUUUAUCUAAUAUUAUUGGUCAUGUUUUAGUUUGUUCCAAUGUCCCAGCAUCACAGAACUUUAAUGGAACUCUAAAAAGUUAUGAUUACAAGUCAAAAUAUAUCGCAAAGGAUAUUAUGCAUUGUUUCUGGCCAAUAACGGUGGACGCAGACUACGCUAUUCGUGUAACAGUCAAAACUCUUGAUUUCGGCGGUUGUGAAGCAUGUGGCGAUUUGCAGAUAUUUGAUGGUUUAACAAUAUCUAGUACAAAGCUGGGGGAAUGGACCAAGGGAAAACCAGAUCUGAUGUCAAGCGCAAAUCACGUGCUCAUCACGUUUAAGACAAAUCAGUUUGCCAAAACUGAUGGGCUGGAAGUGAAAUAUGAAAUAAUCAGGGUCGUUAAUCGUAUGUUUGAUAGUAUAUUUUUAAUUAAUUAAUUUGUUUUAUAUGUAGGCUAACAUUUUAAUUGAUUUAUAUAAUUUUAAAUAUAACUUUAAUACAAUUAAGCAGGUAGUGGUUGGUUGCCUUUCUUUGUUUCUUUGUUCAACAAUAAUUAUUUUUCAAGGAAAAUUAAAAUAAAUCACUAUGAUCAAGAGACUGUAAAUAUAUAAGGAAACAUGUAAAAAUUGCUUCGUAUUCCCUUGCUUUCUAGUUUGUCCACCAGAAUCUGCAGAAAACGAAGGAGAAAUUGAGACUUAUGGUUUUCCGCAAGACUAUCCAGGAAAUAUGGAGUGUUCCUGGAAACUUAAAGCACCUGAUAAUUACGUGAUAAGACUGACCAUAGGUUCUGUUUCGUUCCCGAAAUGCACCACUCCAGAAUUGGCUAGGGAUUAUAUUGACAUUUAUGAUGGUGACAAUGAAUUUGCGAAUAAAAUAGUUGAAAACUUUUCUCAGUGUUCAAAAGCCAAAAAUAUCGAUUUGGUUUCACGUACUAACCGGUUAUUUGUCGUGUUUAAAUCUAAGUCGUGGCGCGGGAGUAAAGGAUUUAAGGGAACCUACAAUUCAAUUUCUAAGGACAAAGGCAAGUAA